CAUGACUCUAACCAACUAGCAAACUGUACCCCUAAACGGUGGACUAACAAUUUGGGCAAAGCCACUCUAAUUUCUACCAAGUUUUAUAUACCACCCAAGUAUAGUAACCGUCUGAGGCUCGCAGUGUAGAAGUCACGCUGUUGGCUAAUAUCCGCUCUCCGGGAGCCAAAUUUCUGGAAUCAACCAUCACAUUUAUCAAAAUCAAGGAAACUAGGGUUUAUAAAGGUAGCCAUUUGAAACCUAUUCGAAAUUUAUAGGAAAAUGGAUAGCGACGAGGAAGAUUUCGUGUUCUAUGGAACACCUAUAGAACGAGAGGAAGAUGUUAGCAGCCGCAAGAAGAAGGCCGUCGCUGAGGCCUCUGGACAGCUGCGAGCUCUUCCCGCAUGGAAACAAGAGGUAACAGACGAGGAGGGACGGAGGAGAUUUCAUGGGGCAUUUACUGGUGGUUUUUCUGCUGGAUACUACAAUACAGUUGGCUCGAAAGAGGGAUGGACUCCACAGACAUUUACGUCGUCUAGGAAAAACAGAGCUGAAGUCAAACAACAGAGCCUCUUAAACUUUUUGGAUGAUGAUGAGAAAGCUGAAAUGGAGGGUCGUCUAGGGACAUCGAUGCAGUAUGAUACGUUUGGAUUUACUGCUGCUGAGCUUGCUCGUAAACAAGCUGAAAAGGAGCAAAAGCAGAGGCCCUCUGCUAUACCUGGGCCAGCUCCGGAUGAGGUGGUACUUCCAGUGACAGAGUCCAUUGGGCUCACAUUACUGCAGAAGAUGGGAUGGAGACGUGGUCGCUCAAUUAACAGCUCACAUACUGAUUCACUAUAUAAUGCUAAGAGAGAGGCAAGAAAAGCUUUUCUUGCAUUUUCUUUUGCUGAUGUGGACGCACAGCCUUUGGGCUCUGGGUUUGCUGAAGAUCCUGCUGAGAAUAUCGUGGGUCUACCAACUGAUGAUGGGAGCCAGUUCUCUAAAAGCACACCGGUUUAUAUGCUUAAUCCAAAGCAAGAUUUACAUGGCUUAGGCUAUGAUCCUUACAAAAAUGCUCCUGAGUUCAGAGAAAAGAAGAGAUCGCGGCAAUCUAAUAGUAGGGAAACGGGGCAUCAAGAUAGAGUCUUGAAGGACAGCCUAUUUGGUUUCAAAUCAGGAAGGGUUGCUCCUGGAUUUGGUGUUGGGGCUCUUGAAGAUCUUGAUGUUGAAGAUGAAGAUGUGUAUGCAUCAGGUUAUGACUUUGAAGAGACUUAUGUUGAAGAAGUUGAAGAGCCUUCAAGACCAAAGGUGGAGAAUCUGAAAAUGUUGGACAGGAAGGCACAUGAUAUUUUACCUGGUUUUAGUGCUGCUUCAAAGUCCGACUAUCAGCUGGAAAGAUUCGAUCCUCCAGUGAUACCACAGAAUUUUGUUCCCCUUCAUAAGUUUGCAGCUCCCCUUGAAUAUGAUACCAAGGCUCCUAAUCUCCCUCCCCCUGUUGUUCCUCUCCCGGAGGAUAAUAAUCUUAGAAUACUGAUUGAAGGGUUGGCUACAUUAGUAGCUCGUUCUGGUAAAUUACUUGAGGACCUUUCCAGAGAAAAAAAUCAGUUCAACCCUCUAUUUGGUUUCCUGAAUGGAGGAGAAGGUCAUGAAUAUUAUGCAAGGAAACUUUGGGAGGAGAGACAGAAACGUAAUGAACAAGGCAAACAACAGUUGGAUGCAAAAAAUUCUCGGCAAGUGCAGAAGAUGACAGCAGAAACCCGUGGCCAGAUAUUAGGGGAGAAGCCUAUUGAAAGAAGCGUGAGAACUGCAAAUUCCCCUGGUAUAUCUGCUGAUGCAAUCAGUUUAACGUCCAAUCUUUCAGAUACAUUCACCAAACCUGCGUCAAUUAAUGAACUUCUUGAAUCUGCAAAACCUUUUCAAGAUGAUCCUGCUAAGCAGGAAAGGUUUGAGCAGUUUCUGAAGGAGAAAUAUCAUGGAGGUCUUCGCCCUAAAGACAGUAGUGGAGCAAGUAAUAUGUCAGAAGCUGCCCGUGCUCGUGAAAGAUUAGAAUUUGAGUCUGUAGCCGAGACAAUAAAUAAAGGUAAACAGGGAAAAGGAAGUGUCCCACCAAUUGAAUUGCUCUCUAGUACGUUAGCUACUGCGGGAUUGCAAUUCACUCCUGGAGCAGCAGAGCUAGCUAAAUUUGGUCAAGAUGAUGGUUUAGCGGCAACAAGUAUGUACCCCAAACGUGAGGAAUUUCAGUGGAGACCUUCACCUAUUCUGUGCAAGCGCUUUGAUCUUAUUGACCCUUAUAUGGGCAAGCCACCUCCAGCUCCACGCUCGAGGAGCAAGUUGGACUCACUUAUAUAUUUGCCUGAUUCUGUCAAAGCAUCAAACCAGGAAGGCCAUAUAGAAAAAGGAAAAGAAAUGGUUGACCAGGAAAUUGAGGUUGAUGCAGAACCUGAAAAUAUUGAAAGGCCUGUUGAUUUGUACAAGGCUAUAUUCUCUGAUGAUUCGGAUGAAGAAGCAGAAACUAGCAAUCAGGAUGUCACAGAGGAUUCUCAAAAGAAGGUUGAAGCUGUUAAUACUACUUUAAAUCGAUUAAUAGCUGGUGACUUUUUGGAGUCGUUGGGUAAAGAAUUAGGUUUGGAGGUUCCCACCGAUAUCCCUUGCCCAGAGAACAGAACCAGUAACCCAGCUAAAAAGGACACUGUUCUAGAAGAUCAGAGAGCAAAGAUCAUUAACCAAUCUGGUAAUGGUACAUCAUCCACUUCCCAUGCUGUUGGUGAGGAUUUAUCAAAUUCGGUAAUGGCAGUAGGAUAUAAUAAUCAGAACAUCUCUCAAGAAGGUAUAUUUUCUAGAGAAGGAACUAUAGAUAUCAACUCUCGGAGAAGUGGUAUUAGAGGAAGUGGAACUGAAAGCAACAGGAAUGAUGUUGAUAAGAAUAGGUUUGUUACGGAAGCUAGAACACAUAUACACGCAAAAGCAAAAGGAGAUCAGUGCCGAAACAAGAAUGGCAGUUCAUCAGAGGAUGAAACGGAUAGAAAGCGAAAGCGACCUCACAGAAGCAGCAGUCCAUAUGCAUCUUCUGAUUCAUCUGAGGAUUAUAAAGACCGUCGUUCAAGGUCAAGGAAGAAAAAAUCAUCUCACGAGAAGAGGAGUAGUAGUAGUAAAAGGCACUCAAAGCACCAUAAGCACAGAAGGAGAGACUCUCGGAGUCCUAGUAGACAUUCCCGACAUGGUUCAGAAAGAGAUCACAGAGAAACCAAUAGAGAGAAGCGUAAAUAUAAGGACUGAAACGUUUCUACUAUAUGACCUGAUUGCAAUGGAUCCAAGGAGUUAAUUGACAUUAUUGCUGGUUGAAUAUCAAUGAUGUCCCAUACAAAUGGUCAGUUGCUGCUGGAACAGUUCAUGUUCUUUGGUUUUACUACACUAUGUACCCUUUGGAGUGCUAUGCACAGAGCUCUCUCUCUUUGGUCAAUCUAUGGGUGCAGGAGAUCGGAUACUGAAGUUCUCAAUAGGAACAUCCCUUUGACUUGCAAGACAUGAUAUUGGUUCGGUUUGUUUUCUGGCUUAUUCCGGUGAUCAAGCUGCUGAUUGUAGUAGUUAUGUAAUGGUAUGACCCGUCUGAAUUCUGUUUCAUGCUUACACUAAAAAAAGAAUGAUUUAAUGUACAUACAGCUAGAUUUCGUUUUGAGAUUUUGGGAAUUCGUUAUGUUUUGUAUGUGAGAUACCCAAUUUAAUCCACGAGUGAGGCAGUUUAUCUGUUA